AUGGCGCCUGUGGCUGCACUUUUGCGGUCGAGUUGCGUGGCACUUCUCUUCUCCUCGGCUACUGGUGCGGCCGCCGCAUCAGGCGGUUACGAACACGAGGAAUCCGUACCACCGCUCACGCCAAGCGAUGCGGCCAUCCAACGCCGCGCCUUUUCCAUCUUCAAUGCCGUCCACUCGGCCACGCGCCAAUGGGGCUCGUCACUGAAUCACAAUGGCAUGUCCAUUUUCUUGGCGACGGUGCCGGAGGGUCAGCUUCUCUACCACGGCGGCGACGAGCCGGAACGGGCCAAGGGCGUGACGGGAGAGGGUUUCGACUGGCUGGCGUUUGAGCUGGAGCAUGCGCAAAUGUUUGCUCGCUGCCGCGAAGGCAUCCCGCCCCCGUUCUUGGACCCACGAGACCGAGGCGGCCCUCUCCCACAGGCUCAAAAAUGGAACGCCGCAGAGGCGCACUACAACCGGCGCAGCCGCCACCGGAUACUGGCCCACGAAAAUAACCAAAAGACGAUCGGUGAUAAUGGUGGUUAUGGCGACGAUGGCGACGACGACGAUGACACAUCGAAAAAGCCCGAGGCGCCCGAUGUGCCCGACUUUAUGCGCUCCUACCGCGGCCACUUCCACACGUACCGCGCCAACCGCCCUCUCAACCUCUUGUAUAUUGAUGGUAUGUCCGCCGGAAAUUCUGACUAUGGUUGCAUCGACACGCAGGACAUGAUGCUCUUGGGCUGGCCGGACGACCAGGCACAGUCUAUGGCGGCGGCCGGCGACACGACAGGGAAGGACCACGAUGAGGGUAGAAACGGGCGGAACGACGCCAACUGGGGCGGUGAGCUCGACCGUGCGAGGGACCUGUGUUCCAUGGCCAAGAAAUGGGCAUGGAACGACAAGGGCGACCGCAUCGACGGGUUUGUCCGGACAGAGGCCGGCUUCGAGAUCAUCUAUUGUGACCUCAGCGACGCUGGUGGCCUCGACUUGGUAUCCAUCCAGCCAAGCCCCUUCCGAAAUGAGACUGGUGGGUUGCUCGCCUUUGUCGACGCCGAGUUUUUGCGCGGCGUCUCCCUUCGAUACCAUGGCUUCCCAGCCGGCCGCAUCCACGUCGACUGGUCCAGCAUGGUGUCGGCCUUCUUUUACGACGUCAACCUGACGAACCCGGACGCAUCACGGCCCGAGCUACCGCGGCUGUCGCAGGUGACGAGCAGCGAGCGGCGCGGCAUGCGUGCGCGGGUUCGCGAGGUCGUUGCUGCGCGGGGGCAUCUCUCGGUUUAUGAACGGCAGACCAUUGACUGGCAGGGGAUUGUCGACGUGAUCGUGACGCGUUUCUCGCAGCGACUGAACCAGCUGGCCCGGGGUACAACGGAGCCGAUCUCGGAGACCGUGUCGCAAAUGCUGCCGACGCUGCUGUACGCGUACAUCAACUUCACGAACCCGGAGGAACCGCACGAGCUGCAGCUGGACCGAUGCACGCAGCACUAUCUCCUGGGCGCACUAGACAAGCAGGACACAUGGACACGCGAGGACCGGUCCAUCUACCUAGCCCUCGAGACGGUGACCCGGACCAUUUGCACAUCGUUCUUUGACAUUCGAUCCAUUCUGUACAUCCCGACAGCCACCGUGCAGGCAGAGGCCACUGGAGAUGAUAUUACAACACCCGAGAAUCUGAAGGAGACAUAUGUCCGCAGCAUUGUCAACAAUCUUAUGGGGAAGCUGCAGUGGACAACGUGGCGGGAGUGCGACCCGUGCCAGCAUCCGGACGAAGUGUGCCUCGUAGCUAUGUUUCCUUGGGGCGACGAAGAGGAUCAUUUCCACCCACGGUGCAACCCGAUGCAAAACAUUGAAACGCGGGUAGUAGGCGUGCUCCCAGGCGUCGAUGGCGAGCAGGGGCACCAGGCUGCCGGACACGGGAUCCUGGUUGGCACGAGUAACGAGGGCAAGGGAGCCAGACGCCGAGUCCUUGGCGAGCCAGGCCCAGCCGGAGCCCUGAAUGCCGGCCAGGGCGGCGUUGAACUGCUUGACGAGGGCCUCGGUGGAGCCAAAGUCCUUUUCGAUUUGGGUCUGCAUGCAUACCUUCAGGGCACCCGAGGGGUCACCGCCGCCGUCGCGCGAGGCCGGGGCCAGGUUCUCCCAGAAGAGGGAGUGGUUGAUGUGUCCGCCGCCGUGGAAGUUGAGGAGGGGCGCGGCCUUGGCGGCCUUGCGGGCAUCGCCGGCGGCGUUGGCCUCGGCAAUGGUGUCGAGGGCAGCGUUGAGGCCGGAGACAUAGGUCUGGUGGUGCUUGGAGUGGUGCAGCUCCAUGAUCUUGGAGGAGAUGUACGGUUCGAGAGCGUUGUAGUCGUCUGCGGAGAGCACGGGGGCACAGGUCAGUAUCUUGUCGCCAGAGAGACGCAACGAAGCGACAUCGGGACCACGGAAAGCAGAGCUGCCAAGACAUACACGGAAGAUCCGGGAGAGUGGCCUUGGUGCGCACAAAGCUGGUGCUCAGAGCGGCAGCAGCGGCCGUGGGACGGGCCUGGCGCGCAGCGCGAAGGGUAG